AUGGCGGAACUGGGGAAUUUAAUAGAAUGCCUUCGCGAUAUUCUUCCAAAUAAUUACGCGGAUGAAGCUGACCCCAUACUUCGCCUACGCUCGUAUAUCGAACGCUACCUUAAUCGUCUCGAUGAUAAUGCGGAUUUGGCCAAUUCCAUUCAGGAAUUGGAAACACAUGAAGCUUAUGUCCUCUGUUCCUUGCACCUUUUAGAUUCGUUAGCUCGCCUCGAUGCUCCAAACGCUAAAGAAUCACCUUUAUUUAGUGUCUACCAAUUGCGGCAAAUUUCUCAAUGCUUAGAAUUUGUUGUCUGUCUUGGAAUAUAUCCCCUUCUUUCUUCUGGCGUUUCUAUGCCCUUGGAUUUGCGACUUGAUAACUUUGAGAAGUUUAAAUGUCCUUCUUCGAAAAAUCACGAAGUUCGGAUCCUAAUUCUGUCCAAGAUUUCUAACUGUUUUGAUAGUCUUCUUAACUCUCCAAUUGAUGCCCUAAAGGAUCUUUUUUCUAUUAACAAAUUUCUUGGGGAUUAUCUUGCUGUUCUGUUUCAACUGGGCUUCGGUCCUUUCCCCAAGGAAAUGCUCAGUUCUAAAUCAAUUUUGGAUGUCAUUCGUAAAUCACGAACUCGUCUUCUUGAUAUCGUCGAUCGAUUACCGCGUUCGUUAGCGUUUAAGCAACUAUUUCUCUUUCAGUCCGGCUUCACUCGGAAGAAGUCUUCAGAUAAGGCGACUCGUGCUCCAAAGUGGCUUUGUAGCGCCUGUGGUCGACUGAUAACCCGCCUUUUUAUGGCUCGUUCCCAAAGUACUACCGGGCAAUCCGCCUUAAAAGAUCUAAUAGUCGGUGUUGUAGAUGUCCAUUCUACCGAUCCUCGACAUGUUCCAGCUGUGGCCUCCUCUCUAGCCCAUAUUCUUGCCACUCCACCACAGGCCUGUUCUUCCUCCGACGAAUACUUCACCAGUCUUUCCUUUCAAAUCACUGAUGUUCUUUCCACGUCCAGAACUAAACCUGUCGGUUCUAAGGACGUUUUACCUCAAAUAACCCGAUUAGUUGCCGUUAAUACUAUUCAUGCCAUCUGUGAGAGAGAUCUUGAGCUUGGUAAACGGCUGUUUUUGAAUGAACUCAUUUCCAAAUUAAACAAGAUUAUGUCGACCGAUGAGAGUGGCGAUGUCAAGAUACCGUCAGGGGUUAUUGAUAUCUCUGAUGUGGAGGAAGUACUCUCUGCAGAAGACUUGUUCUUUGUUACAGACUUUAUCUCUGAACUUUUAGACACCAGGCAUCCAUCACAAGCGCUGUGCAAUCUCUUGGCAAGGUAUUCUCACAUUUGGUUUCAUUUCUGCUCUCUUCUCAAAUUGGCGUCUCCAAGUGGGAUUGAAGGAGAGGUCGAGGAGGAAUGCCAAAUUAAAGAGGCAUCUGAUCCCUCUCCUGUUAAUGAAUUCAGAUCAAGACUUCUCUCAAUUCUGUCAAAUCACCUCCUUUAUCCGGAGAUAUCUUUUCGGCUCAUUCGAGGCUGGAUUCACCUGCCUCCACUUGACCUAUCUACAUUUAAACCCCUUUCUUCAUCGGAAGUCGAUUCGUUUUUGUUUCCUCUAUCUAGUUCGAUAAUUCUUCGUCCGGCUUCUCUAAUUGUUUCGAGUUCAUUAGAGUCUUCUAUGCCUCAAGCACCGUUUCGUGUAACCAGGACAGCUGAACCUUUAUUCCAACAUUCUCUUGAAAUGAUUUCCGCUAGAAUUGCCACUGUAAUUGACUUACUUUCAUCACCUUUAAACGUAAAUGUAAUUGGAGACGGCUCUACGGGAGCAGAUGAGGAACAAAAGUUGGAAGAAAAAGCAGAACAAAUGCUUAACACGUGGACGAAGGGAUAUCAAGAAGACUCUGAGCAACGAUCUAAUCUUGCUGCAAAGCUACUUCUCAGUCUUAUUUCCGACAUUAACUCUAGAGUUGUGGGAGAUAUUAAUGAAGAGAAAUGCAGCAUUCAGGUCGUCAUUCAGCCGACGAAGUUUGAUAAUGAGAGAGCACAUCAGGACUUCUCGAUUCCAUUGAGUGCCUGCCUUCUUGCGAACUCCAUGCUUGAAUGUCUGGAUCCUUCAAAUCUCUGGCCAUCUGAACCUGCUUUAGCUGUUCAACUAAUAUCGUUAACCCUAUCACGACUUUGUGCAGUAAUUGAUGUGAUAACCGAAAAGAAUCUACUCAAGAUUGCAGAGGAAUCACUUAAUCUCAUUCUUGGAAUAGCAGCCUUCUUCGUCAAUUACAUGGAGAAGGGAGAUAAGGUGUCAACCGAAGUGCGUGACCACUUCGUUGAACUGGUUCCUUUAAUGCAACGAGUUGAAUCCUCUUUUCCAGCGUCUAGCGCAUCGGCUGAAUUAGCUCAACAGAUCAGAAUUGCACUCUGUACACGCGGUGCCUUCCCAAUUCCAUCACAAAGUCCGCAGCCCAAACCUGCUUCCAAUAAGUGCCUAAUCGAAGAGUUAUCUUGGACUUCCUCAACAGAUAAUCAUUCAGUCUCCCCAUCGAAUCCAAAGACUGCUGAGAUGCCUCCUCAGUUGACCGAAAUUUUCAAGUUACUAAGUGACCCCUUAAUUCCAGUUAAAGGUCAUGCUCUUAUUGAACUGAGUCGAUUGCUUGAGUCUAAGGAUUCCUGUAUUAUCGGGUUUGAGGAUAAAAUUUAUGAUACUCUUGUGGAAUGCAUGCACCACGAUGACAGUUAUAUCUACUUGAAUGCUAUUCGAGGUCUCUCCGCCAUCGGAAAUGCAUUCACAGAUCGUCUUCUUCCCUUUCUUCUUGAUCAAUUCCUUAACAAAACUGCCAAUGUUGAAUUUCGACUGAAAAUUGGCGAGGCUAUUGUUCGAGUUUUGCGUGAAUUGGGUGAAAUCGCUCCGAAAUACCGAGAUUCAAUUGUUGGAGGACUUAUCACAGCCUCUAAAGAUGAUUCCGAGUUUAUUCGAGCAGCUAGUCUUUCAAAUCUUGCCGAAAUAUGUCGGCUUCUGGGCAAAUCCAUCCAGUCUGUCGUCUAUGAGGCAAGCGAAUAUUUCUCUAGUUGA